AUGGCCAGGAUUCUGGUCAUCGCGCUCGUGGCGGGAGCUUUUGUCAGCUUCCUCCAGGCCAAGGCCGCAACGUUGGCGCAGAUGCUCGUCGUCCGGGCUAUUGGAGGAAUCGCUUCGAGUUCCGGACCUGUGGAGACCGCCUACCUGAUGGAGGAGACCUCCUCGGAGCAGGAACUGCGGGAGGUGCUGGUGCUCCAGCGGAUUGUGGUGACCCUAGGCGCCAUCCUCGGCCCUGUGGUCGCCAAGGUAUUCUCCCAUUUGAGCUUCCAAGACCUGUGCUACCUCAUCGUGGCCUCGAACCUCGUUGGCUCAUUGAUUGCCAUCUUCUUCUUCUCGGUGCGCCGCAUACCAGCAGCUGCAAUUGUGCGACGGCUGAUGAUGUCACAUGGUCAAACACAAAGAGCCAUGCUCCAGCUGGGAGUGUAUGUUGUAACGGGUAACGGCUUAUACAAGCACUUGAAUGUGAGGAGCAGUUGCAGGAAGUUCAACGAAUUCAGGGCCACUGCGCUCCUUUGCAAUGCCUAG